UGAUAAUUUUGACAAUUUGAUAAAAAUAUAAUUAAAAGUAACGCAAUUAAUUAAUUAUGUUAUUUGUUGAUAAUUAAUUUGCAAGCAUUAAUUCUAUUAUCAAAACAUGUCUAAUAUGAUUGUAGAUUCACAAUUUGAUGAUGUAGAUAAUGAUUCAUCAUCAAAUUAUGAAAAAUUCCAUACUGAAGAAAAGUAUAGUGCGAUACAGAAAUAUGAAAACGAAUGGUCACAACUGUUUGAUAAUGAAAAUAUUAAAAGUUUGCGUAUAAAAGCUCAAAAUGGUAUGUUACGUGCAUCACGAUUUCGCAGUGUCUCUUGGCGUGUUAUGUUAGAAGUCUUGUCGGAGAAUUCAAACGAAUGGAUUACACAUGUACGAAAUACUCGAGAUCAUUAUCAGAAAUUAAAAGUUCAAAUGACUGCAGAUCCACGAAAAAGUGAUGAACAGAAUGAUGAUCCUUUAUCACAGAAUACAAAGAGCAUUUGGUAUCAGCAUUUUUGUGAUAAGGAAUUACGAGGAGUGAUUCGUCAAGAUGUUGAUCGUACUUUCCCCGGUAUCGAAUUUUUCCGUAAAGAAAGUAUACAAAAUAUAAUGGUUGAUAUUUUAUUUAUUUACGCUCGAGUACAUCCGUUAAUGUGCUAUCGACAAGGUAUGCAUGAAAUCUUAGCACCACUUUUAUUUGUCAUACACUGUGAUCAACAAGCGAUGUUACAUACUAAGGAACAUGGAAUUUUAAGAAUAUUAAUUCAAGAAAUGUUAAAUCCAGAUUACUUAGAAGAAGAUGGAUUCGCUUUAUUUGAAAGUAUAAUGAAUGGAAUUGAAUUUUGCUAUAAUAUUAAAGAUAUGGAACCAACAAAUACUGGUUAUUUUCCAUCAAAUAUUAUUUCUGGCUCAAAAAAUGUACCCCGACCAGAAAAUGAAAUAUUAUCUAGAUUAAAGUAUAUACGGGAUUUUAUAUUAAAGCAUGCUGAUCCUGAAUUAUGUGAACAUUUACAAACAUUAGACAUCUCAUUCUCAUUAUUUGGAAUUCGAUGGUUGCGUUUAUUGUUUGGUAGGGAAUUUCCAUUGCAAGACUUAUUAGUACUGUGGGAUGCAAUAUUUGCCGAAGGCAAAUCAUUUGAUUUUAUUAAUUAUGUUGUGGUUUCCAUGUUAAUUACAAUUCGAAGUCAAUUAUUAAAUUCUGACUACACAUAUUGUUUGACAUAUUUGAUGCGAUAUCCGACAAUAACCGACAUUAUGUAUAUUAUAAAUUAUGCACUACAUUUACGAAAUCCACAGGAGCGCAAUCCACCUACAAUGGUAAAUCAUGUUCAGAAUCUUUCAUCAGCUUCAUCGAAUAACAGCACCGUGUCAAUGAAUAGUAGUAAUCUUCUUAAUAAAAGAUCUGUUUCCUCUUUAUCAUUAUCAUCGUCAACUCCAUCUCCAAACGCUUUAAAUAUCACCAACACAAACUCAUUAAAUCGUAAUAAUCAAAAGAAAAUUCUUGGAAAACGUUUAUCCAAACUACAAAAUCAAUCGUUACGUUUGAAUGCGGCUACGAGUAGUGCUCCAGCUAUAACAAGACGAACGACCGAUGCAGCGGCCUCGACGGAUACAUCAAUAGUUGAAGGGUUUACAUUACACGAUCCGGAAGUACUUCGUGUCGAACUAAAUCAUGCACAUAAUGUAAUGGCAUUAUGUCAACUAAAAUUAGCACAAUAUCAUAAAGUAUUGUUAAAAUCAUUUAAUUAUAAUUAUAACAACAACAAUAGUAACAAGGAUGUCAGCAACAAUUCUAUCGUCAGCAACAAUGUUCAAGACAAUAAUGAGCAAUUAACUGAACAACAAAAACGCGAGCGAAUGCAAGAAACUCAACAAGUAUUAGAUGGAAUUUGUGAGUUGUGCCAUUUAUUGCGUAGUCGCCAUUAUGUAACAAACAACUACAAAUCAUCUCCAUUGCUACAAAGUCAACAGCAAAGUUUACCAGAAGUUGAACGUGCUCUAGAAGCAGGGGAAUCUCGUAUGACAUCUCCUGAAACUACAUCUUAUAGUAGCUCAACCACCCCAACAUUAUCAUCGCGUCGUAAUUCAUUUACAAAUCAAACAACAACCACAACAACAUCUGGUUUUGUAGAAAGUAAUGAUAGCACUAAAUUUUAUAACACCAAUAGUAAAGUAACUAGUAAUAGUGAAUUUUAUGUACCAAUUGGUUUAAAAAAAGAGGAACGUUUAACUGUAUUCUCACAGUGUGUUGGUGUGAACGGAGCAUUAAUUGAUGGUGCCCCGUUAUCUGAUCCAUUACGUCAAAUUCAUGGUGAUAAUCGUUAUAGUGUAAGUGAUAAGAAAUUUUUAUACGAGGCUGUUCUUGUGUUAAAUAUGGAUUUUGAAAGUUUACGACUUAAAUAAAUUAUAGGUUAAUCGAUUCAUUAUAAAGUUAAACCAACAUUUAUGUUUGAUUUUCAAAAUAAGUUUGUCCAAAUUUAAACUUCGAGAAAA